AUGGGAAAACACGACAAGAAGGAUGAAACUCUCGAUCAACAAAAGUAUUUUAAUAGAAUUUAUGAACCUCUGGUGAAAACAGCCUUGUCCGAAGAGUAUGGAGAAGGCUGGAAGGAAAUUGUAGAAAAAGCAGCAAGUAAUCAAGAUCAGGGAGGUGAUUAUAUGAGUGCUACAACAUUUGGAAGAGGAUCAUCUUCAUCUGCUCCGAGAUUUAAUGUUAAUUUAUCAGCAUCAAGUGCUUGGGAUACACAGAAUAUUAUUGGAGUUAUACAACGACAUUGGAAUGAUGCGUUUGCUGCGGGAAAUAGAUGGUUGACUAAUACGGAUAGGAAUUUAUUAUUUGAAGCUAGGAAUUGUAGAAAUAAGUGGGCUCAUCAAAAUCAUUUUACUUUGAGGGAUACGUAUCGAUAUAUUGAUAGUAUUCAGAGGUUAUUGGAAUUAAUUCCAGAGAAGAGUCAUGAAUGGGAGGAAGUUGACAAGAUGAGGAAUUAUGUAUUGCUAUAUCUUGCAAAUGAAGUGAAAAGAGAAUCCAAGAAAAAGCAGGAGGAAAAACAUGCUAAGUCUUCUAAACCUUCUAGUAGUAGCAGUUCCAAAAAUGUUUCACAUUCUUCACCUGAAUAUCAUGAAGAGGAACAAGAGGAAGAAGAGGAAUACUAUAAUUCGAAUAUUUCGUAUAAUAGUUCAUUAUUCCAGUCCACAGCCACAACAACAGCCAUCGAUUCACCACCAGAAUCAUCAACACCAUAA